CCCACUUCCACUGGCAUGAGCCAGCACCCCUGCAGCUGCUCCCCACGUUCUCCCUCCAGGUCCUGCCGCUGCCCCUACAGCGCCGUGACAGCCUCCGGGCGCCCUCGCCCCUCGGACAGUUGCAAGGAAGAAAGUUCCACUCUUUCUGUCAAAAUGAAAUGUGAUUUUAACUAUAACCAUCUUCAUUCUGGACUUAAACUGGUAAAACCUGAUGACAGUGGAAGGCUAGUUUCCUGCAUUUCUUCAUGUUUGGAAGGCUCUAAUGAAGACUGCAUUAAAGACUAUGAAAAGUUAUCAGAUAUUGGGUCACCAAUUGUGAGCCCCAGGAUUGUAGAACUUGAAACUGAGAGCAAGCCCUUGCAUAACAAGGAAAAUCAACAUGUGCAACCAUCACUUACUAGUUCAAAUGAAAUAGAAGAACUAGAGGCCAGUGGACCUUGUGAAGACAGUGGCUAUUCUUCAUUUUCCCAGCCAAGUGUCCUCAGUGAACAUGAAGCUGGGCUUCCCCUGGACAGUGACAGUCCACAGUCUUGCCUGCUACUGACGCAAAGCCCAGACCAAUUUCCCAACAAAAACUUGCUGCCAGCUCUUCAUUUUGCAAAAGUGGUUUGUUCAACAUUAAAAAAGAAUACCAAACGGAAUCCUAAAAUAGAUUGGGAGAAGCUGAAGGAGUACAAUGUAAAUUUUAGACUACAGAAUAUAAUUGGCAGGAAAAUGGGCCUAGAAUGUGUGGAUAUUCUCAGUGAACUCUUUCGAAGGGGACUCAGACAUCUCUUAGCAAAUAUUCUAACACAGCUCAGUGAUAUGGACUUAAUCAAUGUGUCUAAAGUGAGCACAACUUGGAAGAAGAUUCUAGAAGAUGACAAGGGGGCAUUGCAGUUGUACAAUAAAGCAAUACAAAGAGUUACUGAAAAGAACAUUAAGUUUUCACCACAUGCUUCAACCAGAGAAAAUGUUAUGUUCAGAACCCCAUUGGCUUCUGUUCAGAAAUCAGCAGCCCAAACUCCCCCCUGUAAAGAUGCUCAAAUCAACUUAUUCAAUCCAGGUGAUCAAAAAGAUUCUACUUACAGUCGGCACAAUGAAUUCUCUGAGGUUGCCAAGACUUUGAAAAAGAAUGAAAGCCUCAAAGCUUGUAUUCGCUGUAAUUCACCUGCAAAAUACGAUUGCUAUUUACAGCGGGCAACCUGCAAACGAGAAGGCUGUGGGUUUGAUUAUUGUACAAGGUGUCUGUGUAAUUAUCAUACCACCAAAGACUGUUCAAAUGGCAAGCCUCUAAAAGCCAGUCAUAAAGUGGGUCCUCUGCCUGGUACUAAGAAAAGCAAAAAGAAUGUACGACGAUUGUAAUUAAAUCUGUUGUAACUGAUUGUGAAGGUUAGUCAAAAAAUGUUAGGUUUUAAUAUGAAAAAUAAAAAUAAAUAUUCGAUUUCAUGUUAUCAAUGUAGUACAUGGGAGUUUUUUCCCCUGGUAAGUAGAGGAUGCACAACCUCUUAAAAUAUUUUACAACUUAAUGUGAAAAAAAUUAAAAAUUCUCAGUAUACAUCAGAAAAUUUAAAUAUUUUAAUGAAACUAGUUGUCAAAUUCAGAGGUCAAAAAGUUGAUUUGGUUUUAUAGUAAAGGAAAUCCAUGUAAUUUUACCUAGAAAAUCUUAAAAAUUUUGUUUACCAUCUAUUAGCAUUUGAGACAUUUUAUUUGCUUUAUCAAAUUAAUAUCUUGGAAAUAUCAUCUUAUGGUGUCUGUUAAUUUAAAUGUUUUGUUACC